AAUGAGUCUUCUUAAUAAAGCACUUUUCACAAUGUAACGAAAGGAUCAAUCAGACCCGGCCUUAACUCCUGACUUGAUUACUAUUUUAGUGCCAGUACUGGAAAGGGUCUUGAUGUAGGUUUGUGGAGCAGUCAUAGUGUCCCUGUGUUGUCCUUACUGAUGAGUCGUUGCCUUGAGAAUCACUGUGGUUUACUUUCAUUUCCUGAGCUGUGCUGCAACACUUCCUCUAUGUCACUGCUUCGAGAUGGCGAUCGCCGAGUCGGCACUCUGGGUUUGAACACGGCCUGGCCUUGUCAAGAAAUUGGAGGAGUCAUGCCCAGAUUGGCAGCAGCUGAGCAACACCGCUGUGGGCAGAGGAGUGUCCGUAGGACUGCCAACUGACCACACACAGAUUCCCGCUGGGCAUGGAACAGUCAGCAGAUGAGAAUAAUGAGUUGCCCAUUGUGAUGAGAGAAGAAAACAGGGGAAGAAGACGGAAGAUGAGAGCCAACAUCACCAGGAACAUGCAGCUCUAUUCACUGGAGCAGCUGCCUCUUGAUUUUGUUCUCCCUACGCGGAACAAAUUCAACAACAGCCAUGAGAAGGUCUCCAUGGAGGUGCUGGGCAAUUACACAGUGGAACAAUUGAAAGCGAGGGUCUGGCUGAAGGCAGGUGGGGCCAGUGCCACCCCUGAUUUCUACCAGAAGCUCAGUCCUGACCACUUCAGACUGUUGUACCAGAAAGAGGGGCAGUGGUACGAGAUCUACGACAAACACCAGGUGAUCCAAACGCUGGAUUGUAUCAACUACUGGAAGACCUUGCAGAGGAACAAUGGCCAGAUCCACUUGGUGGAGAAGACAAAGGCUUCGGAGGAGACCUUGCUGUUGCAAAGUGACUUGAAUUACCUGAUUGGCUAUGACGUUACAGAUGUGAGCAACGUCCACGAUGACGAGUUGGAAUUUACCCGCCGAAAGUUGAUCACCCCUCAGCUGAAUGAGGUAUCCAGCAGGGAUGCAAUGCUGUACUCCAUGGAUCCUUGUAUCACUUCUAAGCCUUUGCCUGAAUACCUGCUGAGUAAGAUCAGCAACAAUCACAUUUUCAUCAUCAUCCACAGGGGAGCAAUGAGCCUAACUAUCAAAGUGUCCAUUGAAGAGACGCCACGGACCAUUCUGAAGAACUUCUUCAAGAAGAUGGCCAACAAGAUGGGGCUGCUGGAAAUCACGGAAUGUCAGAGUGAGGAAGACUUUGUUCUAAGGGUGUGUGGCAGGGAGGACUACAUAGUUGGUGACCACCCAAUCAAGGACUUUUGUUGGAUAAGAAGUUGUUUAAAGAGCGGUGAGGAGAUUCACUUUGUCUUGGUUCAACCCCCUGACCCAAAGUUUGACAUGGUCCAGAAGGAAGAAUGGCCACUUGUGGAUGACUGCACGGGGGUGACUGGAUCACACGAACAGUUAACCCUGGAAGGGAAGGAUCAUGACAAAGUAUUCACCAUAUCCCUCUGGGACUGUGACAGAAAGUUUAGAGUCAAGGUUAUUGGGAUUGAUAUCCCUGUGCUCCCUAAGAACACGGAGCUCACUGUUUUUGUUGAGGCCAGCAUUCUGCAUGGGCAGCAGGUACUUGUGCAACAAAAGACACCCACAAAAGCCUUCACUGAGGAGGUUCUGUGGAAUGUGUGGCUGGAGUUCGACAUUACGGUCAAAGACCUGCCCAAGGGGGCACGUCUAAAUCUUCAGGUUUACUGUGGUAAAGCUCCUGUGCAAAGUAUGAAGGGCACGUUGCAAAUGCAAGACGAUAACAUGUUGGACAGCAAGAGCAAGAAUCACCUUCUGUACUACGUCAACCUGUUGGUGAUCGACCAUCGGUCUCUCCUCAGGCAAGGAGAGUACGUGCUUCACAUGUGGAAGAUCCCUGAUAAAGGAGAAGAACAAGGAACAAUUGAAGCUGACAAGCUGACGUCAGCGACCAAUCCUGACAAGCAAACCUCCAUGGCAAUUUGCAUUCUGCUGGACAGGUACAAUUACCCCAUCGCACUGCCUCGAAUCUGUCAUAACUCUGGCAGUAACCUUGAGAGGUUUGGCCAGGAAAUGCACAGCCAGCUACGAAAACAGUUCGAAGAGAUCAUCAGCACUGACCCUCUGAGCCCAUUGAGCUCAGAGGAUAAAGAGUUACUCUGGCACUUCAAGCACGAAUGCAUGAGACAGCCCAAGGCUUAUCCCAAGUUCCUGAGCUCAGUAAAAUGGGGACAACAGGACAUUGUACUGAAAACGCAUCAACUGCUGGACAAUCAGGAUGUAUGGGACAGCAGUGCUCUGGAUGUGGGGCUUGCAAUGCAACUUCUGGACUGCCGAUUUUCAGAUGAGCAGGUUCGGACAUUGGCUAUUCGAAAGCUGGAGACCCUCGAUAAUAGUGGAGUGCUGCGUUACCUGUUGCAGUUGGUGCAGGCUGUCAAGUUUGAGCCCUACCAUGACAGUGCCCUUGCCCGAUUUCUUCUCAAAAGAGCGUUAAGAAGUAAAAGGAUUGGUCAUUUUCUGUUCUGGUUUUUGAGAAGUGAAGUAGCAGAGUCGAUGCAUUAUCAGCAGCGUUAUGCAGUCAUCCUGGAGGCUUACCUCCGAGGCUGCGGGGAGUCCAUGCUGACUGAUUUCAUGAAGCAGGUGAAAGUCAUGGAAACUCUGCACAAAGUGACACUGCAGAUCAAGAAUGUCACUGCUGAGAAGUAUGAUGUUUCAGCUCAAGCAAUCUUACAGUUAAGACAAAAGCUUGAGAAACUGCAAUCCACCGAUUUUCCAGAAGAUUUCCGAGUUCCGUACGAUCCUGGCCUCCGUGCCGGUGCACUUGUGGUGGACAAGUGCAAAGUCAUGCCAUCAAAGAAAAAGCCUUUAUGGCUGGAGUUCAAGUGUGCGGAUCUCACCUCAAUAUCUAAGGAUACUAUCAGCAUCCUCUUUAAACAUGGAGAUGACCUGCGGCAGGACAUGCUGAUCAUACAGAUCCUUCUAAUCAUGGACUCAAUCUGGGAGACAGACUCCUUGGAUCUUUGCCUUUUGCCUUACGGGUGCAUUGCAACAGGGAACAAGAUCGGAAUGAUUCAGAUUGUAAAAGAUGCCACAACUAUUGCCAAGAUUCAGCAGAGCACAGUCGGCAACACUGGGGCAUUCAAGGAUGAAGUGUUAAAUCACUGGCUGAAAGACAAGUGCCCAAUUGAGGACAAGUUCCAAACAGCUGUGGAAAGGUUUGUUUAUUCGUGUGCUGGCUAUUGUGUUGCCACCUACAUCCUGGGUAUAGGAGACAGGCACAAUGACAACAUCAUGAUUACAGAGUCAGGAAAUCUAUUCCACAUAGAUUUUGGUCAUAUUCUUGGAAACUAUAAAAGCUUCAUGGGAAUCAAUAAGGAGAGAGUUCCCUUUGUUCUGACCCCUGACUUUCUCCACGUGAUGGGCACAUCUGGCAAGAAGACUAGCCAACACUUCCAGAAGUUUCAGGAUAUCUGUGUUAAGGCCUACCUUGCACUCCGCCAACAUACCGAUCUGCUGAUUAUACUCUUCUCCAUGAUGGUGAUGACAGGGAUGCCACAACUGACCAGCAAAGAAGAUAUUGAGUAUAUUCAAGAGACACUGACGGUGGGCAAGAAUGAAGAGGAAGCCAUGAAGCACUUUUUGGAUCAGAUUGAUAUCUGCCGGGACAAGGGAUGGACUGUCCAGUUCAACUGGUUCCUCCACCUUGUACUGGGGAUCAAACAGGGGGUUGAAAAACACUCUGCAUAGCUUCUUGGAAAAUGGAGGGAGGGGGACAUACAAUAGAAUAUACCCUCAAACUGAUGUGUGCAGAUGUCUCACUAGAGUCCUGCCCAAUCCUGCAAAUUUUAGUUGGGUUUGGCUGACUGCUCACUCAUUGGAACCUAAAUGAUUCUGAUACAGUCUCGAGUGGAAUUACACCAAGUGCUGAGUUAGAUUUGGAAGGUCAAGGUGUUUAGAGAAGAUUAAACAUUUGGCCCCCGUAACCAGCCUCAACUGAGACUGCAACCUUCUCCAAUUUUUCCUCUCAACCUAUUUGCAUCACAUCAGAAAUUGUGUGCAAAAUUAUUCAUAUAAACAACAAUAUGGAAAGAAGGAAAUAGAUACGACAGGUAAAAAAUUGAUAGAGGAAUUAUUUCUGAAAUAAAAUUGCUGACAGUGGCUCAGGGGAAAAAUCACAAGACAUUGAAAACAAAAUUAAUUCACCCAGGAAUUCCAGUGAACAAGUGGGAGCUGUUGCUAUGUCGUCCAAUUUCCUGUAGCACUCUAAAAGAACUACAUCGGGAAUGAUGUUUCCCAAAAGUAGAAAUAGAUAACGAAUUAUGGUAAAUUGCCAUCUGAAUUUCUGAAAUGAUACAAACGGACCCAGAUGUAGGUUGAGUUAGACAAAAAAUAUACAAUACACAAAAUGUAUACAACUGAAUUUCUUAGCAAUUUAUUUUAAACUAUCUUAUCAGUUACAAAUGUGCUGCAUUUGAAAAAGCAAAGACAAUCUGACUGAGAGUUAAUAAAUUGAUAUUUAGAUGUCAUCUUUGUAUUUGUUCAGAUGCUUUUGGCAAGGCCAGCAUUUAUUUUUCAUGAAGAUGGAUCAAUUGUGAGGUAAUUAUAUGAGGUAAGGGAAACUAGUAGAGUAGCUAUGGAUACUAUGAGGUUCAAAGUAAAAGAAGUACUGACACUUUUGAAAAAUAUCAAAGUGGAUAAGUCUCCAGAUCCAGACAGGAUAUUCCUAAGGACUUUGAGGGAAGUUAGUGUAGAAAUAGCCGGGGCUAUGACAGAAAUAUUUCAAAUGUCAUUAGAAACGGGAAUAGUCCCCGAGGAUUGGCGUACUGCGCAUGUUGUUCCAUUGUUUAAAAAGGGUUCUAAGAGUAAACCUAGCAAUUAUAGACCUGUUAGUUUGACUUCAGUGGUGGGCAAAUUAAUGGAAAAGAUACUUAGAGAUAAUAUAUAUAAGCAUCUAGAUAAACAGGGUCUGAUUAGGAACAGUCAACAUGGAUUUGUGCCUGGAAGGUCAUGUUUGACUAAUCUUCUUGAAUUUUUUUAAGAGGUUACUAGGGAAAUUGACGAGGGUAAAGCAGUGGAUGUUGUCUAUAUGGACUUUAGUAAGGCCUUUGACAAGGUUCCUCAUGGAAGGUUGGUUAAGAAGGUUCAACUGUUGGGUAUAAAUGCAGGAAUAGCAAGAUGGAUUCAACAGUGGCUGAAUGGGAGAAGCCAGAGGGUAAUGGUGGAUGGCUGUUUAUCGGGUUGGAGGCAGGUGACUAGUGGGGUGCCUCAGGGAUCUGUGUUGGGUCCUUUGUUGUUUGUCAUGUACAUCAAUGAUCUGGAUGAAGGUGUGGUAAAUUGGAUUAGUAAGUAUGCAGAUGAUACCAAGAUAGGGGGUGUUGUGGAUAAUGAAGAGGAUUUCCAAAGUCUACAGUGUGAUUUAGGCCAUUUGGAAAAAUGAGCUGAAAGAUGGCAGAUGGAGUUUAAUGCUGAUAAAUGUGAGGUGCUACACCUUGGCAGGACGAAUCAAAAUAGGACGUACAUGGUAAAUGGUAGGGAAUUGAAGAAUACAGUUGAACAGAGGGAUCUGGGUAUAACCGUGCAUAGUUCCUUGAAGGUGGAAUCUCAUAUAGAUAGGGUGGUAAAGAAAGCUUUUGGUAUGCUAGCCUUUAUAAAUCAGAGCAUUGAGUAUAGAAGCUGGGAUGUAAUGUUAAAAUUGUACAAGGCAUUGGUGAGACCAAAUCUGGAGUAUGGUGUACAAUUUUGGUGGCCCAAUUAUAGGAAGGAUGUCAACAAAAUAGAGAGAGUACAGAGGAGAUUUACUAGAAUGUUGCCUGGGUUUCAACAACUAUGUUACAGAGAUAGGUUGAAUAAGUUAGGUCUUUAUUCUCUGGAGCGCAGAAGGUUAAGGGGGGACCUGAUAGAGGUCUUUAAAAUGAUGAGAGGGAUAGACAGAGUUGAUGUGGACAAGCUUUUCCCUUUGAGAAUAGGGAAGAUUCAAACAAGAGGACAUGACUUCAGAUUUAAGGGACAGAAGUUUAGGGGUAAUAUGAGGGGGAACUUCUUUACGCAGAGAGUGGUGGCGGUGUGGAAUGAGCUCCCAGUGGAAGUGGUGGAGGCAGGUUCAUUGGUAUAAUUUAAAAAUAAAUUGGAUAGGCAUAUGGAUGAGAAGGGAAUGGAGGGUUAUGGUAUGAGUGCAGGCAGGUGGGACUAAGGGGGAAAAAAAUUUGUUCGGCAUGGACUUGUAGGGCCGAGAUGGCCUGUUUCCGUGCUGUAAUUGUUAUAUGGUUAUAUGGUUAAUUGUGGUGGAUCAUGCAUUUAACCUUUCAGGGAUACAUCCAGUCAGAGUUCAGUCCCCUGGUUUCUA